AUGGAGAAGGAGUUUGUUGAAUACAUAGCCAAGGCUUUGGUGGAUCAACCAGAUGAAGUUGAGGUAAAAACAAUAGAGGGGGAGAAGUCCGUUAUUUUGGAAUUAAAGAUUGCUCAGAAUGAUGUAGGGAAAGUAAUAGGAAAGCAGGGUCGUAUUGCACAUUCCAUUCGUAUUUUAUUAGGAGCAAUUGCCACCAAAACCGGAAAAAGAAAUCCUGAGGAAGCAAGGAAGAUAUGUGGGCAGGAUGUGAUGGUCUCAAGGCAAUUAGCUUCUCAAUGCAAGAUCGAUGAAUACUAUAUUUCUGAUCUCGUGAACAUCCGUGUGCAGUGCCAUGGGCAGGAUGUUGGGGUUGUAGCUGCGAUUACUAAUGAUGCGCAUCCAAUGUUAUGUAUUCGUUGGAAAGAAGCUAAUGCGCGCAAUUUAGGUGUAAUUACAGUGCAUAUUGUAAACAUCCGAACCUUUGCAUACGACAAACACAAGACCUGUGAUGAUGCUCCUUAUGGGGGUGGGUAUGGUAUGGUACUAAAAGCGGAACCACUUGCAUCCGCUCUCGAUUCUAUUCUAGGAAAUGAGCCUAAGAAACAUAGCGCGCUUACUAUUUGCCCCACCCCAGCUGCCCCGCUAUUUACACAGCAAGAUGCAAAGCGUCUUGCGCAAAGAGAAGAGCUUCUGUUUAUUUGUGGGCACUAUGAGGGUAUAGAUCAGCGAAUAAUCGAUCUGUAUGUAGAUGAAACGUAUUCUAUUGGCGAGUACGUAGUGGCCUCUGGAGAGGUGGCAAGCAUGGUCAUGCUGGAUAGUGUGCUUCGUUUGGUGGAUGGGGUGCUCAAUAAGGGUUCUCUUAAAGAGGAGAGUUACGAAGCUUCCCUACUUGAGUACCCGCACUAUACCCGACCCGCAAGCUUUCGUGGUAUAGCAGUGCCCGAGAUACUACUUUCUGGCAAUCAUAAAAAAAUAGCAGAGUGGAGAAAGAAAAAGAGCCAGGAGCUUACAAAGAAAUUGAGACCAGAUCUCUACUAUGCUAGUUCAAAAAGAGGAGAAAAUAAACUGUAG